GGUUGAAGAGGCCGGCGCCGGCGCCAUGGCCGGGCUGGAGGAUCCCGGCUGGGAGGCGGCAGCGGGCGAGGAGUUCCUGCGGGAAGCGCUGCAGGUGCUGCUGGAGGAGGCCGUGAGGAAAGGGACGGAUGUGACCGAGAAGGUGUGCGAGUGGCGGGAGCCGCUGGAACUGCGGGAGCUGCUGGAUCUGGAGCUGCGGAGCGGCGGGGAGCCCCCGGAGCGGCUGCUGCAGCGCUGCCGGGAUGUGGUGCGGUUCAGCGUGAAAACCGGUCACCCCCGGUUCUUCAAUCAGCUGUUCUCGGGGCUGGACCCACAUGCACUGGCCGGGCGGUUGCUCACCGAGGCGCUCAACACCAGCCAGUACACGUUCGAGGUGGCACCGGUGUUCGUGCUCAUGGAAGGGGUGGUCCUGGCCAAGCUCCGGGAGCUCGUGGGCUGGAGCAGCGGCGACGGCAUCUUCGCUCCUGGAGGCUCCAUGUGCAACAUGUAUGCCAUGAACGUGGCGCGGUUCCAGCGCUUCCCGGAAUGCCGGAGCCUUGGAAUGAUGGCGCUGCCGCGCCUGGCGCUCUUCACCUCCUGCGACAGCCAUUACUCCAUCCAGAAGGGAGCCGCAUUCCUGGGCAUCGGCACUGACAACGUGCGCCUGGUGGCCACCGACGAGAGGGGGAAGAUGAUCCCUGAGGAGCUGGAGAAGGAGAUCCAGAAGGCCAAAGCCGAGGGUGCGGAGCCGUUCCUGGUGUGUGCCACAUGCGGCACGACGGUGUUGGGUGCCUUCGACCCUCUGGGCGCCAUCGCGGAUGUGUGCGAGCGCCAUGGCCUCUGGCUCCAUGUGGAUGCAGCGUGGGGUGGCAGCGCUCUGCUCUCCAGCAAGCACCGGCACCUCCUGGCUGGCAUCGAGAGGGCCCACUCCGUGACCUGGAACCCGCACAAGAUGCUGACAGUGGGGCUGCAGUGCUCGGCAUUCCUGCUCCGCGACACCUCCGGUCUCCUGCAGCGCUGCCAUGGCUCCGGAGCCACGUACCUCUUCCAACGGGAUAAGUUCUACGACAUGUCCUACGACACCGGGGACAAGACCCCGCAGUGUGGCCGGCGCGUGGACUGCCUCAAGCUCUGGCUGCUCUGGAAAGCCAUCGGCACCCAGGGGCUGGCCCAGCGUGUGGAGCGAGCCUUUGCCUGCACCCGGUACCUGGCAGAGGAGGUGAAGAGGAGGGAUGGCUUCGAGCUUGUGAUGGAGCCGGAGUUCAUCAAUCUCUGCUUCUGGUUUGUGCCCCCCAGCCUGCGGGGCCGUGAGAGCUGCCCCGACUACUGGCCCAGCCUGGGCAAGGUGGCCCCUGCCAUCAAGGAGAGGAUGAUGAGGAAGGGCUCCAUGAUGGUGGGGUACCAGCCCCAUGGCACCCGCGUCAACUUCUUCCGCCAGAUCGUCACCAGCCCCGCGGUCACCAGGGCAGACCUGGACUUCUUCCUGGAUGAGAUCGAGAGGUUGGGAUGGGACCUGUGAGCCUCCCCCCACAGACCCCCCCCAUCCCUGAGGAACAAGAGCAGAGCUCCACAUCCCCCCUUCUCAUCCAUCCUACCUCCAAUCCGGGUUAAAGACACUCCAAAACCUACCAGGAUGGGGGGAAUAAAACCAUUUACUGAUC